CCUAUUUCGAAGAAAAUUAAUUGAGCGGGAUAUUGCUUCAGAAGUGAUCAUAAUAACUACUUGGACCAUUUUAUUAGCAAAUUUGACUCUCAAAUGCUUUUUAAAUGUCAUAGCAUAUACCACGGCUAUGAUUUUGAUAAAUAAUUCGGCAUCUUCAGACGUUCUUGGCACAGUCAAUGGAAUUGCUCAAACUUUAGCAUCUCUUACUCGUGCCUUAGGGCCAGCUUUGGUAAUAUCCGCUGCUACAUUUAUCGGUUGGAUUCAAAGUUUUAAAAUACCUUCUGAACUAGGCUUUGA